AUGCCACUUAAAUGUCUUUGUUUAAGAAGUUCCUUGUCAAAGCCCAAGUGGCCUGCUGCCCAAGAGCUUGAGCUUGCAUCAGAAGAUAUGCUCGAGAAGGACAUCCGCUACCCAGGAAAAGAAGAGCUGACAGCCCUUCUAUCCCCCAAGGGGCGAAAAGUAGUGAUAGAAGGAAGCUCCCAUACGGCUAUAGCCAAUCUCGAUGAGAAGAAGUACACUGAACUCGAUCAAUCUACGAAGGUAUGUAACUUCUCCACUCUCUGCUAUCAGCUUUCCUCUCUUAUGAUUUGUCGAGUUAGAGAUCACUUCGAAAAGCGGCCUAAAUCUUAUAUAAGAUACCAACAGAGGUGCCCCCGCUCUGUCUUAUCCAAUCGGGGAUUUCUAAAAAUUAAUAUCUUUCCUUUUAUGCCAAAAAAGACGGAAAUUUUUGAAAUGCUUUUCGUACGGCAAGGUUGUUUUCCUUCCAGUGGAAAGCCAGGAGGUAAGGAAAUCAAUUAA